AUGCCACAGCGCCGUCUAUCCACCGCAGGAGUUGAUUACGAUAUUCCGGGCUCCUAUCUGAAUGCUGCUGAGGCUGCUGGUAUCCCUCCAGUUCAAAAUCCAGAGGAAGCUGCCAUCUACAGACACGAGUCUCUGGAGCAGUCGAAGAGUCGUGACCAGGACUACUUACGACGCCAGCAAUCUCACCAAGACGGUUCGCAUGGGCGCGCUGGCGCAGAACCGGUAGUCACCGCGGAGGAUCAAACAAAAGACUUCGAAAUCUCGAGACUGGCGACGCAGAUCUACACCAUUUCGUACCUCAUCUUGUUUUCCAUACUCGGCACUCUCGCCCGACUCGGCUUACAAGCCUUGACAUAUUACCCCGGAGCUCCAGUCCCUUUCAGCUCAGUAUGGCCCAACUUCGCCGGAAGCUUGGUCAUGGGCUUUCUGGCCGAGGACCGCAUGCUCUUUCGUCAUGAAUGGGGCACGCCGACACAUGAUCCGCAAAUCACGAAAGCACACCAAGCUCAUCGUGUUGACGAAGAAACCGGCGACUCUAGCUCUACGGGAGAUGAGCUCGAUCUCGCAGCGGCCAAGAAGGCUCACAUGGUUACUAAGAAGACCAUCCCACUUUACAUCGGUCUGGCGACUGGUUUCUGCGGGUCAUUCACAUCUUUCUCGUCUUUCAUCCGGGAUGUCUUCUUAGCUCUCUCCAACGACAUGCCAACGCCAAAAUUGGAAAGCACGACAAUGCCCCGCAACGGCGGAUACUCGUUCAUGGCUGUCCUCGCCGUCAUCAUCACCACCGUCUCCCUCUCUCUAUCAGGCCUUUUCAUCGGCGCGCACCUAGCCAUCGCCCUCGAACCAAUCACGCCAUCUCUUCCCUUCAUUCUCACCCGCAAGAUUGUCGACCGUAUCGCCGUCUUCUUCGCCUGGGGGUCCUGGCUCGGCGCCGUCCUCCUCUCCAUCCUGCCACCUGACCGCUUCACCCUCCCGGGCGCUUCCGAGGUAUGGCGCGGAUGCGCAACCUUUUCGCUCGUCUUCGCGCCUCUGGGCUGUCUACUCCGCUUCUAUGUGUCGAUGUACCUCAACGGCCGGAAGGCGUCGUUCCCGUUGGGUACUUUUGCCGUUAAUAUGUUUGGGACGGCUGUCUUAGGCACGGCGUGGGAUAUCGCACAUGUGCCUGACGGCGGGGUUGUCGGGUGUCAGGUCCUUCAGGGGAUCGAGGACGGGUUCUGUGGAUGUUUGACUACCGUGUCAACUUGGGUGGCGGAACUGGCGGCGUUGAGGAGAUUGCGCGCUUACGUUUAUGGGGUGGCCAGUGUUGGGACUGGGUUGGCGCUUAUGGUUGCCAUCAUGGGGGGGUUGAGGUGGAGCCAAGGGUUUGCUGGACUCGUGUGUGUGAAGUAG